AUGCAUCACGCCUCUCGGGGGUUCGCGACGAGCGCGUUCUCGCUCGCGCCGUCCACCGUGGAGGUCCCGCAGAUGGGCGACUCCAUCACGGAGGGCUCCAUCGCCGCGGUGCUCAAGGCCCCCGGGGACGCCGUCGCCGUGGACGAGGUCGUCGCGCAGAUCGAGACGGACAAGGUGACGAUCGACGUGCGAUCGCCCGUCGCGGGGACGAUGACGAAGGUGCUCGUGAGCGAGGGCGACACGGUGAACGUCGGGCAGGCGGUCGCGGAGAUCGAGGAGGGCGCGGCCGCGCAGGUCGCGGCGGCGUCGGCGGCGUCCGCGUCCGCUCCCGCCGCCGAAACCGAAACGCCCGCGUCGAAGAGCGCGGCUUCGAAGCCCGUGGCGAUCGAGGUGCCGCAGAUGGGCGACUCCAUCACCGAGGGCGCGGUGGCGGCGCUGGUCAAGGCGCCGGGCGAGAGCGCGGAGACGGACGAGGUCAUCGCGCAGAUAGAGACGGAUAAGGUGACGAUCGACGUGAAGGCGCCGAGCUCUGGGACGGUGCGAGAGUACAGCGUCGCGGAGGGGGACACCGUGACGGUCGGGCAGAAGAUCGCGACGUUCGUUCCGGGCGCGGCGGCGGCGAAGAAGCCGAAAGCGGUUUCCGCGGCGCCGGCGACGGCGGCAGCCGCGGCCAAACCCGCGGCCAAACCCGCGCCCGCGCCGCCCGCCGCUUCCGCCGCGCCCCCCGCGCCGCCGAAACCACCUCCGACCGGCGGCGACCGCACGGAGACGCGCGUGAAGAUGACGCGCCUGCGUUUGCGCGUCAGCGAACGCCUCAAGUCGGCGCAAAACACGUACGCGAUGCUCACGACGUUCAACGAGAUUAACAUGUCCAACCUGAUGGCGAUGCGCGCCGAGUACAAGGACGCGUUCACCGAGACGCACGGCGUGAAGCUCGGGUUCAUGUCGUGCUUCAUCAAGGCGGCGUCGAAGGCGCUGCGGCAGACCCCCGCGGUGAACGCCAUCAUCGACGGCGACGAGAUCGUGUACCGGAAUUAUUACGACGUCUCGAUCGCGGUGAGCGCGCCGAAGGGUCUCGUCGUGCCGGUGCUUCGCGACGUCGACGCGAUGUCGUUCGCGGACGUCGAGGCCCAGAUCGCGGCGUACGGGAAGAAAGCGAGGGAAGGGACGCUAUCGCUCGACGAGAUGACCGGCGGGACGUUCACGAUCAGCAACGGCGGCGUCUUUGGAAGCUUGAACGGCACGCCCAUCAUCAACCCGCCGCAGAGCGCCAUCCUCGGGAUGCACUCCAUCGUGAAGCGGCCGAUCUGCGUCGGGAACGAGAUCGUCGCGCGGCCGAUGAUGAACGUCGCGUUGACGUACGACCACAGACUCGUGGACGGGCGAGAGGCGGUGACGUUCUUGAAGACGAUCAAAGAGGCGGUCGAGGACCCGCGGCGGUUGCUCUUGGACUUGUGAGCGACGACGAGCGCGAUCGUCGAGAGAUCGCGACGGAUCGAAGCGCGUUCGUUCGCCGCGCCGCGCGUGUAUUGAUAACCGAUUAACCAUCCCA